UUCAUCUCCUCGGUGAACUGGGUUUCCCUGCAUAACAGAAAGAUGUCUUGUUCCAGCCUGUACUAUCCAGAAUGUGGGGUGGCCCGGCCCAGUCCAGUUUCCGGCAGCUUCAAUGAGCCGUGCGUUAGGCAGUGCCCUGACUCUGAAGUGGUCAUUAGACCAUCACCAGUUGUUGUGACCAUCCCAGGGCCAAUUCUCAGCACUUUCCCUCAGAAGAGUGAAGUGGCAGCUGUAGGAGCACCGGUGGUCGCAGCCGGCUAUGGGGGCUCAUUCGGUUUGGGGGGAUUGUACGGCUAUGGAGGCCAUUAUGGAGGACUGUAUGGUUUAGGGGGAUUAGGUGGUUAUGGGGGCCAUUAUGGUUAUGGGGGAUUGAGUGGUUAUGGGGGCAGUUAUGCGGGAUUGAGUGGUUAUGGGGGCCAUUAUGGUGGACUGUGUGGAUACGGGGGAGGUAAUGGUUAUGGAGGAUUAUCCGGUUCCGGGGUAUCUUGCCAUAGGUACCUGAGUGGAAGCUCUACACCAUGUUAAACCCUGCAGGAAUAUCAAUCGUAAAAGAAAAGACCAGGAAAUGAAGAACAAGCUAUAGAUUCAGAGGGAGAUUUCAG